GUCUAUAAUGAAGAACAAAGUGCAACGUUACAUGCAGUUUUUUAUAAAAUUACGUCAAUAACGCGAUAAUGUACCUAGUCAUCGUUGAAUUAUUGAAAACAAAGCACCUAUUUCUAGAAGUUAAUAUAGAUAGUUAGGUAAAUAAAACAUUUUUAUUCGAAACCAACCUAUCGUGUUAAAAAAAUAUUUCUGAGUAACUGCGCCUUAAAAUAAUUAUAAACAUUGAUUGUCUGUAUAUACAACUUCAGUCUGUAGUAUUUAUCAUUAUUAUGAAAAGUUAUUCAGAAUUUAUAAGUUCGUUUUCCUUGAAUGUUGAGUGUUUAGUUAUAGUUAUAAGGGAAUGGAGAGUUACAUUGCCCCGUCACUAUUUCUAAAUCAUGGCGGGGGACCUUCGCCAGUUCUGGGUGAGAAAAAUAAUAUUCAGAUGGCUAAUGCACUAAGAAACGUACCGAAUUUACUUGAUUUCAGUAAAUUGAAUGCGAUUAUAUUGGUCACGGCUCACAGACAAGAGGAUGUAGUCACAAUAUCGUCUGGUAAACGUCAUGAUUUGUUGUAUGAUUAUUAUAAUUUCCCGCCAGAAAGCUACGAAUUGAAAUACGAUGCGCCCGGCGACCCUGAAUUGGCGGGAAGAUUGCAUUCGGCGUUCAAAAAUGCGAAUAUUCCGUCCAAAUUGGACGAGAAAAGAGGUUGGGAUCAUGGAGUUUUUAUUCCAAUGUUGUUAAUAAAUCCUAGCGCAAACAUUCCAAUAGUGCAAGUAUCGAUAUUGAAAAAUCAAGACGCAGUUGAUCACUACAACAUUGGUAAGAUUUUAUAUGAAUUCAGAAGAGAAGGCAUCGCCAUUUUCGGUUCGGGAUUGUCGUAUCACAAUAUGAAGGAAUUUAAGAAACUUCGGGCUUCCAGUGAUGCAAUGGAUGGAAUAGUAGUUAAUGAAGUUUUCGACCAAUUUCUUAACGAUGUUUGUACGGGCAAGUUAGAGGCGGAAGCAAUUUUAACGUGGGAUACAAUUCCACAAGGCAGAGAAUCUCACCCUUUGGGGGAUGCAGAUCAUUUGAUGCCUUUAAUUGUUAACUUAGGAGCUGCAGGACCAAAACCCGGAAGAAACAUAUUUUCAAGUAUUUUCCUACAGAAGUUUAAGCUAAGUGGAUUUAUUUGGGAUUAAAAAAUGAACUAUUAACUAUGUAUAUAUUAUGUCAAAGGUAAUUGAAUAAAAGGCAUCUGAAUGUAAAA